AUGAUGAAAACCGACAUAUUGUUCAGCUCUCCCGAGCUGCGGUUCUCUCGGUCACAGAAAGAGGCUAUACUGUCCUGGGGUCGCGCUCUCGGAGCACGAGACGUUCCAUCGCUGUACAAGGUCGAGAAGUUUCAGGCAGAGGCACUAGAGGCAUGCGGGAACCCGACUAAGCGGGUGCAGACGUCUUCCGGCCAUGUAUUCUAUCAGAAUUCGCUGCACCAUCAUAUCGCAAUGCAAUACGCUCACCCAGAUGUCCGUCAACAUAUCAAAGCCUAUCCUGUUUUCAGCCAAGGGAAAAUUUCGGAAGCGUUCCAUGCUUCGAAGUGGUUUGUUGACAGCCCUUCGGAGCUUGUUACUCCGAUGGUCCGGAUUGACGACCAGGACUUCUAUGUCAACGAGUUGACUUACUGCCAAGGUGACGCGUGGUGCAUUCCGCUUCGUUUCUUUGAGUUCGAAGGCAAGGGUAUGUGGGCUGUGUGUCUCAAAGUUGAGGUGACCGAGGUACGAUGA